GCGCCGCUCGCCGCCUCGGCGCCGGGGGGUGCGGGGCCGCCCCCGCCCCGCUGCCCCGCAACUUUGAACGAUGCUCACAGUCAACGCGGAUGGGAAGAUAAUGGUCAGAAGAUGCCUGGUCACCUUGAGACCCUUUAGGAUCUUCGUGCUGGGCAUUGGAUUUUUCACCCUGUGCUUCUUAAUGACGUCGCUGGGAGGGCAGUUCUCGGCCAAGCGCCUGGGGGACUCGCCCUUCACCAUCCGCACUGAAGUGAUGGGCGCGCUGGAGUCCCGAGGGGUGCUGCGGAGAAUGAGCGACAUGCUGGAGAUGCUGAUGAAGAGGAUGGACAUCCUGGCCAGGCUGGAGAAUAGCACUGACUUCCACAAAGGGGACGAAGCGCGCUUCCCUCUGGACAGGUUCCAGCCGUCAGCCAGUUUGAUGGAGAGGAUCCAAGCUAUAGCUCAAAAUGUCUCGGACAUUGCAAUAAAAGUAGAUCAGAUUCUCCGGAACAGCCUCAUGAACGGAAAAGUGAUGGACGGCAGGAGAGACCAGUGCGAGGUGCCCAGGGAUCCCAAGUACCCUGACUGCGCUGGGAAAGUGGAGUGGAUGAGGGCCAGGUGGACCUCUGACCCUUGCUAUGCAUUUUUUGGUGUGGACGGCACAGAGUGCUCCUUCCUCAUCUACCUCAGCGAAGUCGAGUGGUUCUGCCCUCCCCUGCCCUGGAGAAACCAGACGGCGGCUUUGCCUUCGCCCGGGCCGCUGCCCAGGGGGCAGGCAGCUUUCCAGAGCGACCUCACUCACCUCCUGGAGCUGGUGGGCACAGGCAAGGAGUCCCUCAUCUUCAUGAAGAAGAGGAUCCGGCACCUGGCUCAGCAGUGGCUGCGGGCGGCCCGGCGCCUGGAGCAGAAGCUGAAGGGCCGGCAGAGGGACCGGAAACACAUCCUGAUCCACAUCGGCUUCCUGACGGAGGAAUCGGGGGAUGUUUUCAGCCCGCGGGUGCUGAAGGGGGGCCCGCUGGGGGAGAUGGUGCAGUGGGCCGACAUCCUGGCUGCCCUCUUCCUCCUGGGACACAGCCUGCGGGUCACCGUCUCGCUAAAGGAGCUUCAGAGUAAUUUAGGGGUGCCUCCAGGACGGGGGAAUUGUCCCUUGACGAUUCCUUUGCCUUUCGACCUGAUUUACACCGACUACCAUGGUCUCCAACAGAUGAAGCAGCACAUGGGGCUUUCCUUUAAGAAAUACAGCUGCCGCGUUCGGGUCAUCGACACCUUUGGCACGGAGCCGGCCUACAACCACGAGGAGUACGCCACGCUGCGCGGCUACCGCACCAACUGGGGCUACUGGAACCUGCAGCCCGCCCAGUUCAUGACCAUGUUCCCUCACACCCCCGACAACUCCUUCAUGGGCUUCGUGUCCGAGGAGCUCAACAGGACCGAGAGGCAGUUCAUCAAGUCCAACAAAGUGAGCAACAUGGCCGUGGUGUAUGGGAAGGAAGCCAGCAUCUGGAAGGGCAAAGAGAAGUUCCUGGGCAUCCUCAACAAGUACAUGGAGAUCCACGGCACGGUCUACUACGAGACACAGAGGCCGCCGGAGGUGCCGGCCUUCGUGAAGAACCACGGCCUGCUGCCGCAGCACGAGUUCCAGCAGCUGCUGCGGAAGGCGAAGCUCUUCAUUGGGUUCGGGUUCCCCUACGAAGGUCCUGCCCCACUGGAGGCGAUCGCCAACGGCUGCGUUUUCCUGCAGGCUCGUUUCAACCCUCCGCACAGCUCCCUCAACCACGAGUUCUUCCGGGGGAAGCCGACGUCGAGAGAGGUGUCCUCCCAACACCCGUAUGCCGAAGACUUCAUCGGGAAGCCGCAUGUGUGGACCGUCGACUACAACAACUCAGAGGAGUUUGAAGCUGCGAUCAAAGCAAUCAUGAGGAGCCAGGUGGACCCCUACCUGCCUUACGAGUACACCUGCGAGGGGAUGCUGGAGCGGAUCCACGCCUACAUCCAGCACCAGGAUUUCUGCGCCACGCCGUCUCCUCCCGAGGCCAAGAGCCCCGCUAUGCAAAGCCCUCGGAGCCCGCUGGCCCUGGCCCCCAACGCCACCCACCUGGUGUGGUCGCCCGCCGCCGGCCGGGGCGGUGGUGGCGGUGCCUGGCCCCCGGCGCGCUCCCUGCAGGUGUGGCUGUCGGAGGCCCAGCACGCCUGCACCGAGACCUGCCAGCGGCGCGGGCUGGUGUGCGAGCCCACCUUCUUCAAGUUCCUCAACAAGAAGGAGGUGUUUCUCCAGCUCAGCAUCGCCUGCGACAGCACCGAGUACGAGAUGAACCAUCUCUACCCGGCGGUGGCUGAGAACGUCCACGAGUGCUACCUCCAGAAGGAGCCGUUGCUGUUCAGCUGCGCCGGCUACAACACUAAGUACCGGCGGCUCUGCCCGUGCCGCGACUACCGGAAAGGACAAGUGGCUCUGUGCAGGGACUGCUUGUGACUUGGCCCUGGCAGCGGGUGCUGCAACGCGCAACGUGCAAUGAGUGGCUUUUUCUCAAAGCUUCUGCAAUAGCCCGGGAGGCGGGACGGGUCCCUGCCGUGGGAAGACUCAUGGUGAGCCGUGGAUGUCAGACUCCGUGGGUUGUUUCGCCUGCCAGUCGACUGUGGAUGCCCAUGUCCUGACGUUUCUUUCCGUUUCUUCUCGAGGCGCAUCAUCCUUCCCCAUCCAAACCCACCUGGACCGUGUUGGCGCUGGGUCGGGGUGGCUGGGAGAGGGGAGGCGGGUGGGGGCUGCCUUCCCCCCUUCCUGGCAGCGGGACAAGGCACCAGCAGACUCCAGUUUCAGGGUUUUCAUCCUCUUCAAACAUCCCAGGUUGUUUUAUUUAUUUUUUUUUAAUCCCAACAAGUGGUAAAUUAAAGGGGAGACAACACCCA